GAAAUUCCCACAAAUUCCCGAAUUGGCAACCCCUUCCGGGCAGGAAAGUAGACCCAGAGAAGAAUUUUUUUUUCCAAAAGUCGAUUUUUUCUUCAAUUUUUUCCCCUUUUUUUCAACGACUAUGGGCCUCCUCUCCCUCCUGCGCAAGCUCAAAUCGGCCCCAGACCAGGAAAUCCGCAUCCUGCUCUUGGGCCUCGACAACGCGGGCAAGACGACCCUCCUGAAGAAAAUGGCCUCGGAGGAGAUCAGCCAGACGACCCCAACGCAGGGAUUCAACAUCAAGUCGGUGCAGUCGGACGGAUUCAAGCUCAACGUGUGGGACAUCGGGGGCCAGCGGAAAAUCCGGCCAUACUGGAGGAACUAUUUCGAGAAUACGGACGUGCUGAUCUACGUGAUCGACAGUGGCGACCGCAAGCGCUUUGAGGAGACGGGCCAGGAGCUUGGCGAGAUUCUUGGCGAGGAGAAGUUGGCAGGAGUCCCAGUGCUGGUGCUGGCCAACAAGCAGGACCUCUUCAACGCGGCUCCGGCCUCGGAGAUCGCUGAGGGGCUUCAGCUGCACACCAUCCGCGACCGGACCUGGCAGAUACAGGCUUGCUCAGCCACGUCGGGCGAGGGUGUCAAG